AGAAGAAGAAGCAGCUGUUGUGGAAGCGAUCAGCUGACUGAUUGGAAGCUAAAGCUAACAGCGACUCUUCAUCAUCAUCAUCAACGGCCUGAAGACGUCUUCAUCUCCCCGGAGGGAAACAACAUGGCGUUCAUCACAGCCAACUGGAACCCGCUGGGAGAAGCCUUUUAUCGGAAGACGGAGCUGUACGAGAUGAGCUGGACCCUGAAGGACGGUCUCAGAGACAGUCUGGUGGCUGCUGCUCCGUAUGGAGGACCCAUAGCCCUCCUCAGAGAACCCCUCAGACGUUCUCCCAGUUCCCGUCCUCAGCUGGAGAUCUAUUCUGCGUCGGGAGCCUCCAUCACCAGCUUCCCGUGGAAGAGCGGUCCUGUGGUCCAUUUAGGUUGGACAGUCAAUGAUGAGCUGCUGUGUAUUCAGGAGGACGGAUCAGUGCUGAUCUACGAUCUGUUCGGGUCCUUCAAGAGACACUUCAGUAUGGGACAGGAAGUGGUCCAGAGUCAGGUCUUGGAAGCCAAAGUUUUCCACUCUCCUUAUGGAACAGGUGUUGCCAUUGUAACAGGCUCCUCCCGCUUCACCUUGGCAACCAACAUCGAUGACCUGAAGCUCCGGAGGUUACCUGAAGUCCCAGGUCUGCAGGGGAAGCCAUCCUGCUGGGUCGUCCUCACUCAGGACAGACAGACUAAAAUCCUGCUGUCCAACGGACCUGAAGUCUACAUGCUGGACAACACGUCAUGUACUGCUGUGUGUCCUCCAGGUCUCAGUCCUCAGGCUGGCAGCAUUGUCCACAUGUCUGUGUCUUUCAGCUAUAAAUACCUGGCUCUCUUUACUGAUACUGGACACCUGUGGACAGGCUCCUCCCACCUCCAGGACAAACUGAGUGAAGUGGACACCAAAAAGUCGACACCUCCCAAACAAAUGGUGUGGUGUCGCAGACCGAAGAGCCAGCAGCCGUCUGUGGUGCUGAUGUGGGACAGACUGCUGAUGGUGGCCGGAGCCUAUAACGACACCAUCCAGUUCCCCAUAGAGGAUCACUGUGUUUUAGUUGGAGAGCUGGACGGAGUUCGGAUCAUCAGCUCAACCAAUCAGGAGCUGCUUCAGGAGGUUCCUCUGGUCUGUCAGGACAUUUUCAAGAUCGCCUCCAUGGCUCCCGGAGCUCUGCUGCUGGAGGCCCACCGGGAGUACGAGAAGUCGAGUCAGAAGGCCGAUGAGUACCUGAGGGAGAUCAAGGAGCAAAGCAUGCUGGGAGAAGCAGUCAGACAGUGUGUGGAAGCAGCAGGACACGAAUACGACACCAACACCCAGAAAUCCCUGCUGAGGGCGGCCUCCUUCGGGAAGUGUUUCCUGACCGACUUCAGUCCGGAUCUGUUUGUGGCGACCUGCAGAGAACUCCGAGUGCUGAACGCCGUCAGAGAGAGUGGCGUGGGGCUGCCGCUCACACACACUCAAUUCAAACAGAUGACUCUACAGGUGCUGAUCGACAGGUUGGUGUAUCGACAGUUUUAUCCAUUAGCGAUAGAGAUCUGUCGUUACCUGAAGAUUCCAGAUUAUCAGGGAGUCAGCAGAGUCCUCAAACACUGGGCUUCAUGCAAGGUGCAACAGAAGGACCUAUCAGACGAGGCCAUAGCGCGAGCGGUGUGUGUGAAGGUGGGGGACUCGCCUGGUGUUUCUUACUCUCACAUCGCGGCCAAAGCUUACGAAUGUGGACGCACUGAGCUCGCCAUAAAGCUGCUGGACUUUGAGGCUCGGUCCGGAGAACAGGUUCCUUUGCUGCUGAAGAUGAAGAGGAGUCAGUUGGCUCUCAGUAAAGCAGUGGAGAGUGGAGACACCGACCUCGUUUACACCGUGGUGAGUUACCUGAAGAACGAGAUGAAUCGAGGAGAUUUCUUUAUGACUCUGAGGAACCAACCCGUCGCACUCAGUCUCUACAGACAGUUCUGUAAGCUGCAGGAACAGGAAACCCUGAAGGACCUGUAUAACCAGGAUGAUGAUCACCAGGAACUGGCCAACUAUUACGUGACUGCCAGUUACAGAGAGAAGAGGUUAGAGAGCCGUCUGUCUCUCCUGCAGAGUGCUGUAGAUGAAUACAACAAGGCGAAGAACGAGUUUGCUGCAAAGGCCACAGAGGACGAGAUGCGUCUCCUUCGUGUCCAACGAAAACUGGAUGAUGAGAAAGGGGCGGGGCUACUUGGACUGUCUCUACAGGCAACCAUGGAGGCUCUGCUGGCUUUAGGACUCCACAAACAAGCAGAGCAGCUUUACAGAGACUUCAGAGUUCCCGACAAAAGGUACUGGUGGUUAAAGCUGAAGUCUCUGGCAGAGAAGGAGGAGUGGGAGGAGUUAGAGAAGUUCUCAAAGAGCAAGAAGUCUCCUAUUGGCUACCUGGCAUUUGUUGAAGUCUGCAUGAAGAGUAACAACAAGUAUGAAGCGAAGAAGUACGUUUCCAAGGUAACUCCUGAGCAGAAGGUCAAAGCUCACCUUGCCAUCAGUGAUCUGGAGGGGGCGGCGGAUGCUGCCAUCGAACGCAAGAACGAAUCAGAGAUUGGGGCGGUCCUCUCCAGGUGCUCCACCUCCGACCACCUGCUGAUUGACAGGUUGAACCGAGCCAGAUCCUCUGCUGCCAAAAAGUGAUACUCCAUUCAGAGUGUAUGUACAGAGACAGCAGAGCCCACGUGCCAAAAAGUGAUCCUCCAUUCAGAGACGGCAGAGCCUCUGCUGCCAAAAAGUGAUGUGUGUUAAUGAUUGGUCACCCAGCUAAUGUAACUGAUGAACAUGUUUUAUUCUUCUGUGUUUCUGCCUGAACAAUAAAAACCCUCCAGACCUUCAGGAACUGAACCCCGUCCCUCACUGCCCCCUGUGUCUCUUCAGGUCCAGUUAACCCACGUGGGUUUCCUGGACUUUGGUGGUGGUCUUUGCAACUCUUCAUCCUCGCCUGAAAAUCUACUUGCACAGGUUUUCUCUGAACCCCUCCCCCAAACUGAUUGUCCAAUCAGAGCUCAGCAACAGUAACAGCUGGGUUUCUCUCCGUGUGGCAUCACACGCAGCAACACAGCACAGGCUAUGUUUCAGCUUGGGGUCCGGGGCUCUGCCAGGGCCCGGAGCUCUGCCGGUGUUGAAUCCAGAGGUUUGGAGUUGUGUUCAGCUGAUAACGUUCUGUUUGUAUCAGAACUGCUUUCUGUAGAAGCUGAACUCUUCCUGUUGUUGUUCCUUCACAUUAAAAGCUUUGCACCACA